GAAACUCCUACAGCAGAAUGUAAAUGAGCUACAAAGUCAAGUGAGAACCUUACAGGAUAAAGAGAACCAAAUGAAAAUGACCAGUUCUCAGCAACAGUCCAGAAUUCAGCACCAAGAGACCCUACUUAAAGAACUGGAAAAUGAAAAAAGAAAAUCCGAUGAGCAUAUCAAGAGUAACCAGGAAUUGUCAGACCAGCUAUCUGGGUUACAACAAGAGAAAGAAGCCCUAUGUCAAGAAUAUGGGCAAUUUUUGAAGCAGCUUGAUGCCUAUAGGAGAAACUAUAAUAAGAAACGUCACCAGCACAAAGCCAAGCUUCAAAAAGUCAAGGAUCGUUUAGUUCAUGAAGUAGAAGUACGAGAUAAGAGAAUUAAACAACUCGAAGAUGAUAUUGUAACACUGCAACAACAAGUGGAAAAGGAGAAGGCAUGUCAGGAUGAGGUCUCUGCCCAAAAUGAUAUCCUGCAACUAGAAAAAAGGAAACUUCUGGAGCAACUCACAGAGCAAGAAGAAUUGAUCUAUGGCAACAAAUGGAGAAUAUCUUCAUUUCAGAGCAGAGUUCUUUUCCUGGAUAGAGAAAAUAAGCAAUUACAGGAAAAUAGUCUCCGGCUCAAGCAGCAGGUUGACCUCUUAGAAUACAUUAUAAGGAGCAUCCAGAAUCGCAGAGGAGAGGAAACAACAAUUAGUGUCAUCCCUGAAUUCAAAGGAUUGAGUAAAAUGUUGCCUUUACCAAACUCCAGUUUUUCAGGAAAAACUUUGGUAGAGUCCGUUGGAAGUCUUCAAGAGACUGAAGAACAUAAAUCAGAAGAAGCAAUGGCAGUUCCAAAGUCCUCUGAGUCUCUUUCGUGUUCACUGAAUUCUGAUACUGGAUACAUAAAUAUGGCUUCUCUGAAAGAGACACACAGCAUACAAGAACAAAAGCAAAAGUCAGAACUAUAAAGUCACUGGUGUCUAGAGCUACACCUUUUAAAGCUGCUAACUUAAGGUGGAAUAUGACAUGGAGAAGAGUCACCACAGAUCCCCAUGGACAUCAACUAGGAGUCUUCAGAAUUACUGACGAAUUCAUUAAACCACUUCUAAAACUGAA